AUGCGGAAUGCUGCUCUGAAAAUGCCUCCUACAUGGUGUUUGUUUAAACCAGCGGUUCCCAAAGUGGAUGCUAUCAUCCCUGUGUGGGCGACUGUUGUUGAAAAGGAUUCUUCCCCUGAUGUCGAAUUUUGGACACUCGUUGAGGCGGUGUGUGGUUGUGUCUGUUUUGUUUGGGCAGUAUUUGCACUAGUCUGUGGUGCAGGUGUUGCGGGUAUAAAGAAAGUGGUUCGUAAGCAAAGAGUUGGUUCUUGUGCGGUUGAUGAGGACGUUGAUGCGACGAUACAAAAACAUAUUACAGAUGAACAUCUAUCAUUUUUGACAUUUGUGAUUCAGCUUUCUAUACCAGUAACAAUUGAUUUGCGUGAGAGAUUACUAUUUCUUUAUCUUCAGGAAAAAUAUCCAUCUGUUUAUGGGAAUAUUAAUAUUGAAGAUUUACCUACAGUAAAAGAUGUUUGGAAAUGGGUUAUUGGUUCCCAACUUGGCAAAAGUUUUCAAGCAGAAUUUAAUCCAGAUAGUAGUUUUCAAAUUGCUGUUUCUAUUCAACAUACACAUGUGAAAGAAGAAUGUGAAGCUUUAGAAAAGUUAUGUCCUGAUGCAUUUCCAAAUCGUAGAAAGAAAGAGGCUAAACCAGAGAUUAUAUAUACAAGAACAGCUGUACAUAAAGCUCUUUCAAGAAUAUGCACAGAAACAUUGAAAACAGCAUAUACAUUACCACCCUGUCCUUCAGUUAGGCCUUGUUAUUUGAAUCAAAUUACAUGUAUUCAUUCUCCUAUCUAUUUGGCAGGUAGAUAUAAUAAAUAUUCAAGACAGUUAAGUCAAACACCUUGGAUUAUAGAUGGCGACAAACGAAUGAUGACCUCAGUACAAGAAUUGAUUGUAGAUGUAAUUAAAGAACAUAUAAAAGCUACAAAAAUUAUAUUUUCUGCUUCUGGAAGAGAAGAUGUAGAUGUUAGAAUGUUGGGUUCAGGUAAUAUACAUUAAUAAUGAGAUUUAUAAGUUAUUUUAAUAUAUUUGAGAAAUGUUCCAUACAAUUAUUAAAAUUGAUAUACAGGAAAACCUCAUUAAUUCAAAUGUCAAGAGACAAAAUA